AGACGGUCAUUACCAAAUAUUUUUCCGUCGGUCUUUGCCGACUUGAUUCAUGGAAGUGAGCCGCAAGAUAUGGCCCUGCGUGACUCUAAUAACAAUCUGUGGCACCUCAAAAUAGAAAAAUUUAUUGAUGGUUGGUAUUUCACAGACGGUUGGGUGAAAUUUGUAGAAGAUAACAAGCUUCAAAGGGGUGAUGUGUUAUUCUAUCAAUCCUCUUCUAAAGGUGUGCUCAAUUUCAAAGUCAUGAGCUCCUCUGGCAGUGAAGAUGUGAGAAUUGAACCUCGCAAUGCUAAGACCACGAAAUUGCGGCCUGUAAAAGUGGAAGUGAAGACUGAGGAUGACAUUGAUGAGAAGCCUCCUAAAAAACGAGACAUGGAGAAGGUGUUGGAUGUUGGGGAGGCUGGUACUAGCACGUGCGGAGUGAAGAAGAAGAAGAAGCAGGAUUUCUAUGGUGAGGAGAUUUUCAAACCCGGGGGUAUGCGGCUGCCCUUGAACCCUUUCUUUGUGGUGGAUGUGAGGGAAAGGAGAGCAAAUGAGAUGUACUUCCCAAAAGAUGUGAUCAGAGACCACAAUAUCAAACUCCCAAACACUUUGUUGCUCAUGGAUCCGAAAGGGAGGACGUUCGAGACAACGCGCAGACCGUGGAAGGAUGGUAGAGUGAACUAUUGUGGAGGGUGGAAAGCCAUCUACCGAGCGAAUAUGUUGAAUGUAGGUGACAAGCUCAUCUGCGAGUUCAUCGGCAAUGGCCGAGGCGUAGGGGAUAUACAUCUCAAGACAACCGAAAUGCGUGUGCACAUGUGUUGCGCCGGAUGUGAGAGCAAGAUCAAGAAAGCCCUCCAUAAGGUCAAAGGAGUUGAGGAAGUAGACAUAGACAUGAGCCUACAGAAGGUGACGGCAAGCGGAUGGGCUGAUCAAAAGAAAGUCCUAAAAAGCGUUAGGAAGACCGGAAGAAGGGCCGAGUUGUGGCAAUUUCCAUACAAUCCGGAGAUGCGUAACCACAAUUUCACAGGUCACCACGACCACAAUGGAAGCAACUACGGUGGCCCUUCGAGCUUCUACGCGUCUCAAACAUCAGGGUCUUCCUACAACUACUACAAGCACGGCUACAACAAUCACGAUCAUGCUCGGAUGCACCAUAGUGCAAGCUCCACUAUAUUUGGAGGUCGAACGGGCGAUGCCUUUAGCGAAGAAAAUCCUCGUGGAUGUUCUAUAAUGUAGUAACUACACAAAUUGAGGGAAAUAAUAUAAUUUACUGUGUUUUAAUUAUCGAUAUGGACACUAUGGUAGUUAUUAAAAUGAUGAAAUAGUAAUAACCAAUGCUUGUAAUGUAUCAUUAGACUAUUGUGAGGGUGGAAAGCCAUAUACCGAGUUAUACUCGUUGA